GAUAAUCUUUUAGGGUGAGAUUGCACAGAAACGAAGACCGGGAAACUUGGCACGGGACCCUAAAUCUGCGCUUCCUAUCCGGGGUGCCCCUUCCGUCUAUUUGUUCUCUCUUGGCUGGGGCUGCCGAGCGCGUCGAGAAGGGAGUAAACUGUAAGCGUGAUUUGAGCGGCGUACAGGCGCGGCUAUGGCGCCCGUCAUCGUCGUUGGAGCUGGCGUCAGCGGUUUGUCGGCAGCCCGGUUACUUCGAAAACACGGUGUGGAUGUCGUCGUUCUCGAAGCUAGGGACAGAGUCGGUGGAAGAACGUACACCAUCAAUGGAGAACACUUUGGGUACCUAGACAUCGGAGGGGCGUAUAUUGGAUGCACCCAGAAUAACGUGCUCGGAUUGCUCCAGGAGCUAGGACUCCAGGACAAGCUCUAUGCUGUUUAUUAUGAAGAUAAAACAGUGUUCACCAUCAAGGGUAAGCGCUUCGAAACGAUUGGCGGUGUCUUCCCAUCUUUCUGGAAUCCCUUAGUGAACAUGGACAUCAACAACUUCUUCCGCAGGCUAGACGAGAUGGGAGAAGAGAUACCAGCAGAUGCUCCUUGGAACGCACCGCAUGCUGAGGAAUGGGACAGGAUGACAUUCCAGGAGUUCCUCAAGCAGACAUGUUGGACAAGCAUGGGUGAAGAGAUGGGAAGGUUCUUCAUCGCGAUUAACGUCACGUCGGACGCUUAUGAGGGAUCGCUUCUGUGGUUGUUGUGGUACGUGAAGCAAUGUGGAGGUGUCAAGAGGAUCAUAUCUAUCAAAAAUGGAGGACAGGAGUACAAAAUGAAAGGCGGGAUGAUGCAAAUAAGCAAGAGGAUGGCUGAACAGCUCUCCGACAGCGUGAAACUCAACAAGGUGGUCGUCAGCGUAGACCAAACGCCAGAUCAAGUGAUGGUCAAAACUCUCGACGGUAACGAGUAUAAGGGAAGCCACAUUAUUAUGGCUCUGGCACCUACAAUGCAAGCCAAGAUUCACUAUUCUCCGCCGCUACCGCCGUUGCGGAACCAGCUGAUCCAACGCAUGCCAAUGGGUUCGGUUUGGAAGUGCCUCGUCUACUACAAGGAACCCUUCUGGAGGAAAAUAAAAUAUUCGGGCUCGAUGCUUUUCACGCUUUCCGAUAACUGCCCUGUGGUGUACACGAUUGAUGACACAAAGCCAGAUGGCAGCUAUCCCGCAAUUAUUGGAUUCCUGCCAGCUUCAAAAGCUCGUGAACUGGCCGCAUUGCAACCCCUUGAACGGCGAAACAUGAUCAUCAGCGGUUAUGCUAGGGCAAUGAAAACGGAAGAGGCACUACAUCCAAUUCACUACGAAGAGUACAACUGGGCAACGGAACAAUACGCCGGCGGAUGCUACACAGCAAUGAUGCCGCCGGGAUUCCUUACUUCAUUCCGCAGUGUCUUACGCGACCCCAUCGGACGGAUGUACUUUGCCGGAACGGAAACUGCCACCCAGUGGUCCGGCUACAUCAACGGAGCCAUCCAGGCCGGAGAAAGAGCGGCCAAAGAGGUGCUCCAUUCCAUGGGCAAAAUCCCGAUGGAAGAAGUCUGGGCUCCGGCACCAGCUAGUGAUCUUCUUGAAGCUGUUCCUUUCGUGGACACCUUCUGGGAGAAGCAUCUUCCUUCUGUCCCUGGAUUUCUUACUUUGCUUGGACUUACAGUUACGCCAGUGUGCGUUGCUGCAUGCUUUCUACUUUCCAAGUCACACAUAGGACAGCACCUUCAAUCACUCUGUAGAGUGCGCUAAUCGGAAGGAUCGACACGAAUGGCUGUUUCCUUCUAGGGAGCAUUCGUUUUGAAGACAAUAAGAUACUUUUUUGUAAAUA